AUGGGAGCCUGGAAUGCCACUCCCACCGCCGCCACCAGUGCCGCCACCAGCUUCGUCUCGUUCUCAGAGCGUUCAGAGCUCACAGAGAACGACAACGCCCAUGGCAUCACCACCCACGAGGCGGCCACCACCAAGCGGUGUGGCAGCUCUGGGCCCAGUUCCUCCAACCCCUGCGGAUUGGGUUGA